GAGCCUUGGUUUCCGCACGGCGCGCGGGGGCGGCGCAUCGGGGAGGCGGGGCCUGCCGGCCAAGAUGGAGCUCCUGCAGGUGCUGCGGCGGGGGCUGCAGCAGUUCACUGGGCACGGCGGCCUCCGCGGCUACCUGCGCAUCUUCUUCAGGGCAAAUGAUGUGAGACUUGGGAACUUAGUGGGUGAAGAUAAAUAUGGAAAUAAGUACUAUGAAGACAACAAGCAGUUUUUUGGCCGUCACCGAUGGGUUAUAUAUACAACUGAAAUGAACGGCAAGAACACAUUCUGGGAUGUGGAUGGAAGCAUGGUGCCCCCUGAAUGGCACCGUUGGCUUCACUGUAUGACUGAUGAACCUCCAACAGUAAAACCACCAGUUGCUCGCAAAUUCAUCUGGACAAACCAUAAAUUCAAUGUGAGUGGCACUCCAGAACAAUAUGUACCUUAUUCCACCACUAAAAAGAAGAUUCACGAGUGGGUCCCACCUUCAACACCUUACAAGUAAAGAUAAUGAUAAACAGUUGUAAAAUAUGGGACUUUUCAUGUCAUUGUACUUCUGUUGGUGGUUAAAUUGAUUAAAGUUGUUUCAUUAUU